AGGAAUAUUUGGAGUUAUUUUCGGACUUGAGUAUGUUGAUGAACACAUUGCACCAGAUCAAACAAAGUUUGCGUUCGUUUCGAUAUGGUUUGCCUAUGCUUUUGCCCUUUUCUUGCUCAACUGUAAGGUUAAAGGACGUAGGACUUUUUCUAGAGUACCGUUUAUAAACGCGUGGAAGCUUUGCGUGUUUUUAAUCACUGGUUUUAUCGGUGGAUUGUUCACAUCUAUUACAGCAAGUGGGAUGGGCAUUAGUCACUUUAGUGUGUUGACCUUAAUGUUCGGUGUUAGCGAAAAAACUGCAGCCCCGACUUCCGUAGUAUUACUUGCUGGUAGUUCCAUAUUUACCUUUUUCUGGCGCCUAGUCAUGCACGGAGACAUCAGUGCUGAGGCCUGGAACUAUUUCCUUGUUUCCAUUGAAAUCGUUGUAUUUUUUGCUCCACUUGGGUCUUUACUAGGCAGCUAUUUGAAUCGUUUAGUCUGUGCUUUUAUCAUAUAUGUACUUGCAAUCGUUGGGUUCAUAGGAGCCUUUGUCAUUGUCCCUUUAACCCCGCCUCUAAUUGGACUAUCUGUAGGACUUACGGUUUGUGGGUUUCUAUUUUUCUUAGCACUCAUGUUUGUUGGAGGGAGAAUUCUCGAAGAUGUUGUGAGGCUAGAGAAACAAGAAGAAAAUGUCAUAUAUCUGUUUGACAUAGUUACUGGUGUAAUGGCAGGUCAACACAAACGUAACGAUGCUGUUAUAGCAAAUGACAACAAGGCAACGGAAAAGCCCAUUACACAAGAAAAGGAAAUUACCGUAAUUGACUAACGAGACAAAACCCGUUUUAGUUAAUUUGUGAUCGUAAAUAUUGAAUGUCGAACAUGUAAGUUAAAGAUCUCAGAUUAGAAUCCAUGAUGAUUUCAUUUAUAUGCAGCGUUUUAAAUGUAGUUGGGAUGGAUGGAAUGACGAAGCGUUCAAUUAAUGGGGUGGGAGCAACCACUAUCAACCACAUUUGCAGCAUGGGACACAAUAUGUUGAUAAUAAC